AUGAAAGAGUUAAAUAAUUUAAAUGAAAAAAAGAUUGCUGAUUUGACAAUUAAAUUUGAACAAUUAAAUAAUGUUACUCGUAAAGUAAAAUUUGUUGAAAUUAAAUAUAAAUGGAAAUAUAUUGAUGAAAUAACUAAAUGUUGCGAAAAUAAUUGUAUAAAUACAGACAAACCAAAUGGCAAUUGUAUUAAAGGAAAUGGAUUUAUUAAUUUAAUUAAUGAUGAAUAUAUUAAAUAUAUUAAUUGUGUGAAAGGGAAAGGUAGAGAUAUUGAUGUUCGCGUUCGUGCUGAAAAUUCAUUUGAAAGACCACAAAAUUGUUUCAAUUAUUCGUUAUUUUAUUUUGAAAUUAAAUGUAAAAUGGAAAGAGAAUUGGAUAAUUGUUGGAUGGUUAUUGGUGUUGCUAAUAAUACUAAGUGUUUUAAAUUUGUUGCAAAGGAGUGUGUAAUUGAAAAUGAAAAAGAUGAAGAAUUUAAACUUCCAACAUUUUUCUGUUAUAAUAAUGACGUUUUUGGAUGUGGAUUAGUUUACCCUCCAACUAUAGUUAAUGAACUUCCUUAUAUUUUUUUCACACAAGAUGGAAAACAAAUUGGGAAAGCUUUGUUGUUAAAGGAUAAUUCUGAUUAUUAUCAUCCAUAUGUUGUUUUAAGAUGUUAUUCUGUAGAAACAAAUUUUGGUAGUAAUUUGGAGGCAAAUCCUUUUAUUUUUGAUAUUUCAAAACAUUUUGUUUCGAAAGAAUUUUAUUGA